AUGGCAUCUGCAUGCAAAGAGAAAAAACACUGCGACUAUGGAUCGUUCGCACAUCAGGCUGCAAAGUUCAGUCCUAGAGAGGAUCUGCAUUCCUCUCGUCAUAUCAACCUCAACAACUUCGGAUGCUUUGGCCAAUCCACUCUUAAACGAGGGGAGAAAGAGGAGGAGGAGGAGGAGGAGGAGGAGGAGGAGGAGGAGGAGGAGGAGGAGGAGCAGCAGCAGCAGCAGCAGCAGCAGAGGAGGAGGAGAGUUCUCUCUGGACAAAUCACUCAGGAGGUGUUGCAACAGCAGGCCUGGCGGGAAAGUGCCUCCUCGCUCGAAGCUGACACGUUGUUCCUGAAUAUGGAGAACGACCAAGAAAAGAUGGAAAAUCGGCAGCUGGAAGACAAGAUCCUCAAGAUCACAGAUGAAAAUCAGCAGCUGAUGGAAAAGACAAAGGAAAUUGGGGAGAGAAACGAUGCCCUAUGUGAGAGGAUAAGGGAACUAACAGUGCGGUUGGCAGAGGCAAACGGCCAGGGUGAGAGGCAAGAGGAACUCGUACAACAGAAGGACAAAAGACCCGCAGUUAAAAAGCAAAGAAGCGGUGCGGAUGGCGAGGCUCGUACAGGAACAAAAGGACGCGACCGAAAAGCGCGAAUAUGGCAGGAAAGACGUCGAGAGGAAGGAGCUCACAUGCCUUCUAAAGAAAGGAAAUCUUGGCUGGAGAGGAAGACCGGUGUCCAGGGGGAACGGAACGAAAAGCUGGAAGGUGAGGUUGGACAGCUGCGAGGAGCGAAAGAGAAAUUGGUUUACAACCUGAAGAACCUGCAGGGGAAAAACAGACGCCUGGAGAAAGACACCUGGAAACUGAAGGAGCAGCUGUUCGUCUUCAAGGAAUGGCGCGAUAUCCAAGGAAUGACGUGA